AAGAGGAAGUGCUCAGCAAAUUUCCUAAACAUUCUUCACAGCUUGAUUGUGGAGAAGUUCAGCAAUGGAGCCUUCCUCUGCUGAUAACAGUUCAACUGACCUACCCUCACAGCCCUGGUACGAACCCCAAGUCAUUCUCUCCAUGGGCAUUCUCAGCCUCACUUUCUUGCUGGGGUUGCCAGGCAAUGGGCUAGUGCUGUGGGUGGCUGGCCUAAAGAUGCAGCGGACAGUGAACACCAUUUGGUUUCUCCAUCUCACACUGGCCGACUUCCUCUGCUGCCUCUCAUUGCCCUUCUCCCUGGCUCACUUGGCGCUGCAAGGACACUGGCCCUAUGGCUGGUUCAUGUGCAAGCUCAUCCCCUCCAUCAUCAUCCUCAACAUGUUUGCCAGUGUCUUCCUGCUGACUGCCAUUAGCCUGGAUCGUUGCCUUUUGGUCCUCAGGCCAAUCUGGUGCCAGAAUCACCGCAAGGUGGGGACAGCCUUCGCUAUCUGCGGAUGUAUAUGGGUGGUGGCUUUUGUAAUGUGUAUGCCCGUGUUCGUGUACCGGAAAACAUUCGCUGUAGAUGACCAUUACGUGUGUGGCUACAGUUUUAGUCCCUACAGCUCCUUUGGUUAUUCAAACUUCACCAGUGAUCUACUGGAAAAUAAGUCUCUUGACAACUCCACUGUGCACCUGCCUGGAGAAAUGGAUGAGGGAUUAGAGUCUUUCUCUUUACAAGCAAAUGAUCUUCCUUGGACAGCCACCACUAUCCUCUAUUCUCAAACAUUUCAAAGAACUUCUGGAGAGUCACCCCCUGUGGAUUCAGCUAAAUUGUCUAGUCAAUAUCCAUAUUAUAAUUUUCUUGCUAGUAAGGUCUCAUCUAUAAGCCCCAGUGGGUUUCCUAUUGAAGAUCACAGAACUAACCCACCAGAUAACUCUGAGAGUUUUCUCUCUACCAAUUUAGACCUUUACUCUGGUACUUCUAGCAACUCCUUAUAUGCACAUGAGCUAUUCCAAAAUCUCCAGGAUUAUGAUGUAGGCCAAUUUUCAUACAACAAUCAAGUACUAACAGCCCUGAUGGCAAUAACCAUCACUAGACUAGUGAUGGGUUUCCUUCUGCCCUUUAUGGUCAUGAUGACCUGUUAUGGCCUCAUUAUCUUCCGAAUGCGACGCAGCCGCUCCACCAAGUCUCGGACCAAAACCUUGCGAGUGGCCAUGGCUGUGGUGGUUGUCUUCUGUGUCUGCUGGGCUCCAUACCACAUUAUUGGAGUCCUAUCAUUGUUUUUUGACUCAGAAACUCCCUUAGGAAAAGCUCUGCUGUCUUGGGACUACGUGUCCGUUGCUCUAGCAUCUGCCAAUAGUUGCUUUAAUCCCUUCCUCUAUGCCCUCCUGGGAAAAGAUUUCAGGAAGAAAGCCAAACAGUCCAUGAAGGGCAUUCUGGAGGCGGCUUUCAUUGAAGACCUCGCACACCCUACCAGCUGUCCCCAAAGCAAAGUCUUUUUGGAAAGAAAGCGUAUCAGUACACCUGUGUGAAGAUACGGAGCUGUGGACCCAAGCCAAGGUUCUUAGGUAUUCACGCAGUGAGAC